CGUCUGGUCAUCAAAACCGAGCUAAUAACUUGACAUUUGAUAUUUAUUAACCACGCAGUGAGUGCGCAACCAGGAAAAUUCUUGCUCUUUCAGACAUCGCGAGUUAAACUCGGUUAUAAGGCCCGUUAUAAGGGAUUUAAUCCUGUUGAUGCUCAACUACGAAUCUAAGGAUGAAGAUCUCAGCUAUUUGUGUUCUUUGGGCUUUGUUGGUGUUUUUAAUGCAAGGCAAAGCCCAACAACAGUGCAAAAGAACCAACACCAAGCCAUAUCGAUACUGCAUCGGUGAUAAAGUCUGUUCGAAGGACAAAGACUGCAAGAAAAAUGAGAAAUGUCUUUGUGACGGCGAUUGUGGAAUGAGUUGCAUCAAAAACGAUUUAAAGUGUAGAGCUCUACGAAAGCCAAAGAAUGCAAAAGUCCUGACGACAGGCUUUGGAUUUCAGGACACUGUAACGUACGCUUGUAAGAAUGGUUACACCAUGAGGGGUACUAAGAAAAGAACUUGUCGAGGAAUUGGUACAUGGGAUGGCAAAAAGACUCGAUGUCCAAGACUAUGUAAAGAUCCUGGUGACAUAAAGUUUGGUAACAAGCAAGAGGACAGACGAUAUUACAAAGUCGGAUCGAAGAUCACCUACUGGUGUUUCCCUAAUUAUGAACAGGAAGGGAACAACAAGCUAAUAUGUACUAAAGCGGGGACAUGGAGCUCGCCACCACCAAAAUGCAAUCUUCCAACGUGCUUGAAGCCCACGACCCCUGCAAACGCAAGGACUAGAAAAGGGUUGAAGGAAAGAUACCGAUUUAAUGAAAUUAUUGUUUAUGACUGUGAGUAUGGUCACUUUACCACUGGCUAUAGAGUCAGACGCUGCACGGUUGGCGGGAAAUGGAGUGAAUUAAAACUACGAUGCAUAGCUAAGAGCUGUGGUGAUCCAGGUACCCCUAAGAACGGCCGACGAAAUGGGUACUUGUUUACUUUCAAGAAGAAAGUACACUAUGAAUGUGAUCGCGGGUACAUUCUCAUUGGACCUCAAUUCAGACAGUGCCAAAGUAACCAAAARUGGAGUGAUGACACACCAACAUGCGAACCUGUGGACUGUGGUCGUUUGCCAACUCCUCAACAUGGAGAGAAGAUCGGGGAAACGAAGUCCACUUACUUGGGCGAGGUAUCCUUUAGGUGUAAUAAGAAGGGUUAUCAGCUUAAAGGGUCGAGUAGACGUGUCUGCCAAGAAAAUGGUAAAUGGGAUGGUACUUUGACCAAAUGUGAACCCGUCGAGUGCCCAGACCCUGGGAAACUUGACUAUGGCGGUCGUAAUCCCGAUUUAGACAAAUACGUUUAUGAGAGCAAAAUUGAGUUCAGCUGCAAGACGAACCACACCUUGAAAGGCGAUAAGCAUAUCAUUUGCCAGCACGACAAAACAUGGACAGGAACUAAACCUACCUGCUUACGUCCAUGCUCAGAUCCUGGAAUACCAAGGGGAGGUUAUCGCCUUCAUCAUUCCUUCCUCCACGCUGACAAAGUGUCAUUCGCGUGCAAGAGUGGAUGGAAGAUGGAUGGUGAAAAGAACAUUGAAUGCAAUAAUGGGAAUUGGGAUAACAAGGCACCAACAUGCUUGGAGGGAUGUACUAAACCAAGACAUUCUCCCAACGGUUACGUUAGUCCAGCAAAUGGCUUUUAUUACAAUGGAGAUAGAGUAUCGAUGUACUGUGACUGGAAUUACAAACUUAUUGGAGACACAAGCGCACGUUGUCGCAAUGGAAAAUGGAGUAACAAGCCACCAUCUUGUAAACGUAAAUGUUAUAAUCCUGGAAGUCCUUACAAUGGAUGGAGAAAUGGUUACGAAUUCUUUGAAGGAAAACGAGUUACCUUUGAAUGUAAUCGUGGAUAUGACUUAGUUGGCCUAAAAACACUGGAAUGCUUGGACACGGGAAAGUGGAGUGGAGAUGUACCUACAUGCAAACGGGUGUGUGCCUAUAGUCAGCCUUCUAGUAGCAAGACUACUCCAAUCAUCGCUGAUGGAGUGUCAGUCCGCCAUGGCACCUCAAUCCAAUUUGUGUGUAUCAAUGACUACACCCUUGUUGGACAGCAAACUGCAGUUUGUAACGAUGGCCGAUGGAAUCCCAGUAUUCCAGUGUGCAAAGCACCAUGUCAAGGUCCAGGACCAAUAGCUAAUGGGGUACUAUUUGGAAAUACGUUUACUCACAGAAGCAGUGUAAGAUAUGUCUGUAUUAAAGGCUAYUCACUKGAUAAUCCAGCACCACUGAUAUGUAAUGAUGGACGAUGGAAUCGGCCUGUACCUUCAUGUAAAAAGAAGUGUGAUGAUCCUGGAACUCCCCGAAAUGCUAUUAGAACUACGUAUAGUAACAACUUAAAGCAUGGUUCGCAAGUCUUAUACACAUGCAAUGGAAAUACAGAACUUGUGGGUUCACGAAGAAUAGUUUGCAAUGAUGGAAAAUGGUCCAGUCCUCAUCCAAAGUGUUUGGGUAGGUAAAACGAGAAACACACGAAUAACCCGUCUCAUGCUCACAUGUAUACUGGACCUCCUCGGUUUAGUAAGAAAUGUUGGUCCCAAAAAAUUCUCAUUUCUUUCUGCAUUAUGUUUCUUUCCAAGAGUUGAUAGAGAACAUAUAGAAUUGUCUUAU